CCAUCAUCAGAGAGCGCCAACGAGAGUUCGGAGACGGCCGGCUGAUCAGCUGAGCCUACACUCCACCGGUGGUAUGGAUGUUUCUGACGACCGAGGAGCCUCGAGUGGAGUUCGAUUCCAUGGAGACCCCGCGCACGAGUGCCGUGGAGUCUGUUUACGAUCCCGCAGAGGACUCGUUUCUCUUGAUAGACGCGCUUGAGAUCGACCUGGACCGUAUUCGAGAAUUGAAACCCUCAAUAUGUCUCGAGAUCGGUUGCGGAUCUGGAGUCGUAAUCUCGGCGCUCGCUAAAUGUGUGGAGAAUUGUACUUUCCUUGCUACGGAUGUGAACCCAAUCGCGGCGGAGGCGGCGAAAUUCACGGCGCAACGUCAUUUGCCAGAGCAGAAGACUUGCGUUCAGACUGCUGUCGCUGAUCUUGACUCGUGCUUCCUCGGACGGUUGGAUUCGAAAGUGGAUCUGCUCGUAUGCAAUCCGCCCUACGUUCCCACGACGGAGACGGAAGCGCUUCCGGACGAUGCCACGAAACUGGCAUGGGCUGGCGGUCCGCAGGGAACAGACCUCGUCAAACGACUGCUUCCACGAGCUAGCGAACUCCUGAGUCACCGAGGAUGCUUCUACCUACUUCUAUUGAAGGAAAACAAUCCCAGCGACGUCUGCUCGGAGGCUCGCCGUCUCGGACUCGAGGGGCGUAAAGUGAUCGAGAGACGAUGUCGAAACGAGCACUUAUUUGUAUAUUGUUUCUCCCGAUCAGAUAAAACUGUCAAGCUUGCCUGAAACCAAACCCUUGGAAUCCGUGUACGUCUCUGUAUGAGCUCCAUGGUUCUCAGCAUCUCCGUGGAGAAACGAAAACCGCGACAGCUACCGAACACUCGCCGUAUAACUCUGCACACCGAACUCGCGAUCCUGAAUCCACCGAUCUCGCCU